AUGCCGAAACCAAAGUCCUUCCUCAAGGAGACAAAGUUGAAGAAAAAGUCCGCGCAGCAGCAGGCCCCUCGAACAGCAGAUGAAUUCCUAGCUGUCGGAGUUGAACAAGAAGAAGCAGGAGAGAAAUGGCGAGCCGGCGAUGCAGCAAAAUCGCUACGCUUCUUUAUGCGCGCCAUUGCUACAUAUGAUGAGGGGCUACAAAAACAUCCUACUGCGUUUGAUCUAGCUUAUAACAAAGCGAGAGUCCAGUACGAGAUCACGCAGCAUCCACGACUUGCAGCGCAACUGUCAAUCCCGCUGGUUGAAGCCUUGAGCGUAGCCUUGCAGUCGCACCGGGAGGCCCUGGUAUUGGAGCAGGACAAUGCAGAUGCACUAUUCAACACGGCGCAGGUGUUGACGAGUCUUGCGGAGACUGUCACUGAUACGAAGCGUCCGGUCGAGGAAGACCUUAACCAAGCCGCAAAGUUCUUGCAGGAGGCGAUCGAGCUGUUCCAGCGAUGUCUUGUGCUCCAGGAGCUGAAAUAUACUGAGAUGCAGGAGCAGAUUAGGCAGAUGGAGUCUGGCGAGGUGGGGCGUAUGGAGCAGGUGCAGGAAUCAAAGCAGAUGCAAGAGAGUCCGGAUGUUGAGUCGCAGGAGUCAGAGCAGGAGCAAUGGGCUGCUGUUGUCGAGCCAGUGACGAAGGAUACGCUUGUGGAUACCGCUAUUGCGCAGUUAGAUGCUCUUUCGACACUUUGCAAUCUCCUGGCGUUCGAUCCGGGCGUUGGGCUUAAAUGGGCAGAGGAGUAUUCUAGAGAUUCCCUCCAGAAGAAGCUUUCCACACUUGUUGAAGGCUCGAACCGCCACUAUGAAGUGAAUUUGUCCCGGGCGAGAUUCAACGCUGCGCUAAAUGAAGUCUUAUACCGAAGCGGACGUAUAGACGUGGCAACAUAUCACGGCGUCGUGGUGUCUUCAUUUGGAGAUCUGGACGUAUCAGCGGACCCAGAAGGCCUGUGCGCUAAAGCGGAUGCGUUUAUUUCCUUCAACACAGCCUCGGCAGAACAACCGCCCCACGACCCAGAAGUCCUUAAAAAGUCACUUGGUCUCCGGUGGCAAGCAUUAUCCACAGCCAUAGACAUGUUAACCAAAGCGUCCAAACUCCCAGAUGCCGAAAACCUACCCAAGAUUCACCUCGCGAGAGGCGAUGCUGAAAUGAGCAGGUGGAGACUCGGUUUCGCGCCAUGGGAACACAGCAUGGCGCAACAGUACGGCGCGACUCUCCUUCGGAAUGCUCAAACGUACUAUCGGGGCGCCGCCGCAUUAGCCCGAAGAGACGGAGGUGCUGAUGAGGAGCGCGAUGGAACGUGCAAAGAAGCAAUCGCAGCCGCUAUCGAAGGCCAGAAGGAGAAACUCGCCCAACUCAAGGGCUCAGCGCCUAAGGAGCUGCUGCAGGUUGCCGAGGACAUGGUAGAGGAAGGCUGGGUUAGCGGGCCUGACAUGGAAGCGCUGUUGUCGUAG